AAGGAGAAGUCAAAUUAAACGUGAAGGAAAGACCAGGUUUUAAGGAUAUAUCGAUAUAUCCUGAAAAAUUGAAAAAUUAGGAAAUAAAGUGUAACCAAAUAAUGUACUUUCAUGUGCAUAUGAGCUAGUAGCAACAAAUUAAUCAAAUUGAAAAUUGAGAUUGUUCUAGCCAAAAAGAGAAAACUUGCUGGCCAUUAAAAAAAAAAUUGCAGCUACGUUUGGGCGAUUGUUAGUAUAUCUGCAAUAAAUAAAAACCAUAAAAUUUUCAUUUUGUACGUAUAGAUUUUUGCAUCCAAACGUUCGGUGUCAGCAACACCAGCACCGCUGAAGGGAAAGCACUGAAGCGACGAUACAUAAGCGUACAGAAAUUGGAGAACAAGCCAAGUACGAAAGUACCAAGCGUGAGCAAUUCGCGGGACUAUCGAAAGACAUUAUCGUGUAAAACAUACAAAAUGAAAAAUGAUCGGAAAUAAAUGUUCAGUAAGACCAUAGGCAGUGUAUGUUCGGUAAUAAUUGAAGCGUGCAAAUAAAGGAAAACCUAGUAUUUUGCUGACUCAGUCAGUGUAUAGUGAACGUAAGAAUCGGGGAAAAGUGGCCAAAGAAAAAUAACACAAAAAAAGGAAAAACAGAAAAAUAGCUGUAAAAUAUCAUUAAGUUUGUAUGGGAUAUUGAAUUGAGCCGUUUGUUUUUAUUCAAUUAUCCCAACUCGGCCGAAAUACCAUAGAGAAACGGAGUGCAAAAGAGAAUAGAAAAGUUUUUAGAAUGGUCAAUACGCAAGAGCGGAGUGAGAAGAGUGCAAAUGUUAAUGAAAUUGAACAGUUGAAGGGUUCGUCGAAUUCCAAAGGCAGUGUAGGUUCCACGUCGUCCUCCUCGCCCUCAUCCAUAUCGACAUCAUCCAGUUGCCCGUCAUUAUCCAAUGUUGGCUCUUCAUUGUCAUCGUCACCAGCAUCAUCAAAUAGCUCUGCCACAUCUGCUGUGAAAUCUGUAUCUGUCACAAAUACCACAACAAAUUUUGCUAAGAAUGCUUCAGCCCAUGGCGCUACACAAUCCCAUCAUAAAUUGAUACCCAUUCAGAGUGUGCUAAAAAAUACAAAUACAGCAGCUGAUCAGCAGCAUAUUCACCAAAACAAUCAUAAUUCGUAUCACAAUAACUCUGGCUAUAAUCACCAUUCAUCAUCCAACAAUUUGCAGCUACCUCAAAGUGGCACUGCCACUCAUCUAAAUGUGCCCAAUACAACGCUGCAAAAUUUUCUCUCCGGUGCCAGCACAUAUGCCCAGCUACCAACCGAAUUGCCACAAGAAGAUGAGGAACGUCUGGGCAAACUCUUUAAACAACUCGAUCGCGAUGGCAAUGGACGCAUCGAUAUACACGAUCUCUCCGAAGCGUUGCGUGAAUUUGGCCUAUCGAGCGUAUAUGCCGAGAAAUUCUUGGAACAUUCAGAUAAAACACAAAGUGGCGAUGUGGGACUGGCUGAAUUUGUUCACUAUAUUCGGGAGCAUGAGAAAAAUUUACGUUUGCAAUUUUCGCACCUGGACAAAAAUCGAGAUGGCAAAGUCGAUUUGGAGGAGUUGAUAUCAGCGUUUAUGGAUUUAGGAAUUGAAGUAGAUAUGGAAGAGGCCAGACAUUUACUAUCGAGAAUGGAUCAAGAUGGUAGCUUGAAUAUUAGCUACAAUGAAUGGCGAGAUUUUCUGUUAUUGGCACCCUCUUCCGAUAUACACGAUUUAAUCAAGUUUUGGCGGCAUUCUACUUACCUCGACAUUGGUGAGGACAUGAACGUACCUGAUGAUUUUACACCAACAGAAUUACAAAGUGGCAUGUGGUGGCGUCAUUUGGCAGCUGGCGGAGUGGCUGGUGCUGUAUCACGUACAUGUACUGCUCCCCUAGAUAGGAUAAAAGUGUUUUUGCAGGUUCAAACACAAAAGACAGGAAUCUCAGAUAGUUUAAGAUAUAUGCUAAGAGAAGGUGGCUUACGUAGUAUGUGGCGAGGCAAUGGUAUUAAUGUUUUGAAAAUUGCCCCCGAGUCUGCUUUGAAAUUUGCCGCCUAUGAGAAAAUCAAACGACUGAUACGUGGCGAUGACAAACGUCAAAUGACCAUUGGAGAACGUUUUCUGGCUGGAGCCGCUGCCGGUGGCAUCUCACAGACAGUCAUCUAUCCCAUGGAAGUAUUAAAGACACGUUUGGCCUUGCGCAAAACCGGUCAGUAUACGGGCAUAUUUGAUGCGGCGAAAAAGAUCUACGUACACGAGGGUUUACGCAGUUUCUAUCGCGGUUACAUUCCAAACAUGUUGGGCAUUAUCCCAUAUGCCGGCAUUGAUUUGGCCGUCUAUGAGACGCUGAAAAAGAAAUAUUUAAGUAGUCAUAAUACAGAACAGCCAAGCUUUUUGGUAUUACUUGCAUGCGGCAGUGCGUCCAGUACAUUGGGUCAAGUGUGUUCGUAUCCAUUGGCCUUGGUGAGGACACGACUACAAGCGCAAGUUGUGAAAAAAUCAAAACAAAGCCUGCCCAUGGGUGGUAUACCAUUGAAACAAGCUGGUGCCGGUAAUGAUGACAACAUGAUGGGAGUUUUUCGUAAAAUUCUACGCACAGAAGGUAUCUGUGGCCUCUAUCGUGGUAUCACACCGAAUUUCAUCAAAGUUCUGCCUGCCGUUUCCAUAAGCUAUGUAGUCUAUGAGUACUCAAGCAGAUGUUUGGGUGUUAACAUGACGUGAUUUGUUUGCCCCCGAAAAACAAUAGCAGCGUUAUCCUGUAGUUGCGUUGCUGUAACAGCAACACAAUUUGAACAAAAAUACAAAAGAAAAAAGAAACAAAUCAGAAAGAAAUCUGCAGCUGUGCUUGCUCUCUCUCUCUCUUUUUUAAGUCUUAACAUCCUCGAUUCCUUAAUUAGACUCUUCUGUAAUUGCAACUAUUAUUACAAAUUCUACUACGUCUACAUCGUCUAUGCCUAUUUCUAUUCUACUUGUACUCGUACACUUAACUUAAAAAACAAAAACACUUAGCCUUAAAUAGUUUAAUUUAUUCUAAUUUUUUGUGUUGUAUUUGUUAGUAACGGUUCAAUGCGAUGCGAUGCGAUGCGAUGCUAUAAACCACAAAAAGAUAAUCGGCAAGCGGAAUGAAAGCUACGAAAUUGCUUUACGAUGUACUAACUCAUAAUAGAAGAAGAAGAAGAUCAACAAAUUGAUACAUACAUACAUAGCUAGGAUAGAAAGAAAGAAAGAAAGAGUGUAAUGAAAUGAAAGAGGUGAGAUGAGAUGAAGAAGAAAUAGAUGAGAUGAAGAUGAAAACUUUCCUAAGUGAUACUAUUGCUAAUAUUUUACAUAUAUAGAAAUAGAAGAGGAAUAGAAAAGGAAGACAAAAACAAAACUACACAAUUUUUAAUUCAAAUGAAACGAAGAAAGUGAAAUAAGUAAAUUGAUGAAAAAAUAACAACCAACACAUACAUACAUAGAUACAACAUACACAAAUAUUUAUUGAAACGCUAUAGCCCUACUAUAUACAUACGCAUAUGUAUAUGUAUCCAAAUUGUUAUUUUUUAUUAAUUUAUUUACAACUAAUAAGCUCUAGACCCUUCAGCCCAGCCCAGCAUAAUAGGCCUUCGCCCCCAUCCCCCCACCCAUACCAUAAUUCUGACAACAAUUUGAAUUGAAAACCAUCCCAACAUAUAUUUUUGUAACAUUUUUUACCUUAGUGAUCCCGCCCACUCUGGCUAAUAAAAACUUAAAUUAUAUAGCAAAAAUUUUAUAAUUUUCCUACAAAUAUAACGAGAGUAUUUUUUUUGUUUGUUUUUUGUUUUUAUGUAAUUUAAACAAAAUUCAAUUCCAUGAUUUUCUUGCUAAGUAGCAUUUGUAUGAGGCUGAAAGUGAAUAUUUUGUGGCUUUGUUGUCAAUGACUUAUUCUUUUAGUUUUUAUUGUUGUGUAAUGCAAUGAAACCAGAAAUAAAAGAACAAGACAAACAAAUCGUAGCAUAGAAAACAAAAACAAAGGAAACUCAACGAUAUUAAACAUGCAAACUAAAAACCAACAACACAGGAAAACCAACUAUGAAAAUAUUGUCAACAAAAUUUACUAUAUUUAAAAUUAAAUUUAAAUUAUAUAGUUGAAGAUAUACAUACACAUACAUACAAUCUACUACUAUAAAGCCACAUUAUCAUCUACAUACAUAUAUACAAUAAUAAACGUAUAUAAAAAAUAAAACCAACCAGUCAAGUUAGACAGACAGUCAGUCAGUCAGCAGUCACGUUAUUUAUUAAAAACGCCAGGAAAUAACCUACAGCAGUCUUUCAAAAACUACCAUGAAUUAGAAUUUUCCAAAAAUUAACCUAUAACCAAGUUUUCAAUAUUUUUAUAUAAAAACACACACAAAACAAAUUAAUAUAUAAUUACCUACCUACAUGAUGAUGUAUGAGAAUAUCUUCUAUCCAACCAAUUACAAUGCAAAUUAAAGUUAAAACUUAAAUAAUAAAAAAAUAAAAUAUUUUACUUUUUAUAAAAGCAUUUAUUCGAUACCCAGAAAAAAAAUUUAAUUACAGAUUUUUUUCUUGAAUUUUUCUUUGUUGGACGAGUUUAACAUUUCAAAACAAAACCAAAAAACAAGACAACAAAAAAACCCCAAAUGUGAACGAUUCAUAAAUGCCUUUUUGUGUGAACGUAAAUUGUUUCAAAUAUAUAAACGAAAGUAAAAUAUUCAAAUAAUGAAUUUUUGUCCUUAAAUUCAAUAAAUUUACCUACAACAAAUAAUAAAAAAAAAUCCAAUCCCAA